AUGGCUCAAGCGCUAGCCCCGUCAACCGCAGAGACGUACGGCGCGGGGCUAGUCGCAUUUCAUGCUUUCUGCGACGAGCGCCAGAUAGCCGAAGAGCAGCGGACGCCCGCGUCCGCGACACUAAUGCUCGCCUUUCUCGCAGCUUUGGCCGGCCUAUACGCGGGAUCCACGGUCGCGAAUUACUUCUACGGCGUACGGGCUUGGCACCUCAUUCACGGCGUCACCUGGAACAUGGACGACGCGGCCAUGCAGUCCAUGCUGAAGGCGACAGUCAAGCUCACGCCGGCUGCCUCGAAACGCAAGAAACGAGAGCCAUAUACCGAGGACAUCAUUCGCGCGAUACGGCAACAGCUCGCCCUCGACCAGGGUUUCGACGCCGCGGUCUACGCCUGUCUUACGGUUGCGUUCUACGCCGCGGUCUACGCCUGUCUUACGGUUGCGUUCUACGCCUGCGCACGGGUCGGCGAGCUCACCGUGCGCAACCGCAGCAGUUUCGAACCCGGUAUCCACGCCAAGCGCACUGACCUUGGGCUUGCCGAGGAUCGGAAUGGGCUGCGGCAGCAGACUUUACAGCUGCCGCGAACCAAGUGCGCCGUCGGCGGGGAGCAAAUCCACUGGGGGCAGCAGGAUGGGAUCACGGACCCUGUCGCCGCCCUCGCGAAUCACCUCCGCAUCAACAGCGUGGGUGACAACGAACACAUAUUCGCGUACACGGCACGAAACGGGGAAGUAUGGCCGCUGACACGCAAGGCCUUUCUCGACCGCAUCCGGGCCGCCACCAGAGCUGCGGGUAGAGCGCCGCUCCAAGGGCACGGCAUUCGAAUCGGCGGGACCCUCGAAUACCUGUUGAGAGGCGUCCCGUUCGAGGUUGUCAAGACCAAGGGGCGUUGGGGAAGCGAAGCCUUCCUGGGGUACCUCCGGAAGCACGCGGAAAUCCUCGCCCCCUACAUGCAGGCGCGGCCACGGCUGCAAGCGGAGUUCAUCCGGUACGCCAUGCCUCCGGUCCGUUGA